AGAUUCCUGCUGGAUUCGGGUUGCCGCCCGAUCCGACUGUCGUUCUCCUUCUUUUUCGUCUUCCAUACCCGAAUCUGGUUCUGAGCAGCUGCUGUUAGAGAGAGAAACUCGACAAACGUAGAGAGAGAGGAUGGGGACGAGGACCAAUUUCUACAAGAAUCCUUCGUUCGCUUGCAACAGAGACUUCAAUCUCUCCUCCGCUCUUCGAAACCUCAAAAGUAACUUCCUCCCUCCUCUUUCGCCGCUCGGCUGCAAAAUGUGAGCCGGUCACAUCGCCGGAAUUCGUUUUCCGGUUUUAUCAUCGAUUCGCUGCGCGUGUUGAAGCGGUAGCUUACAACAUCGUGACUGGAAGCGUCUCCUUGACUGAUGGAGAACCUUCGAAACGAUGAGAAUGCCGAGCGCCGCCGCCGCCGGGACUCUGGAGCGCCGCGUGGCGGGAGCGGCGUCGCCGUGGAGGACGAUCGGCCGAUGUCGCACGAGGAAUACGUCCAAAAGAGGAGGAGAGAAACGAGCACGGGUCAGGUUUAUCAGGAAUUGACUCCCGAUGUUCUGGGGGCUUCGAGUUCGGGUUUGAACUUAGUUGACUACGCAAGCGAUGGAAGCACUUCUGAAAGGGAUGAAGAGAAGGAGACUGAAAUUUGUGGUAAUAUUUUUGAAGGCGACCAAACCAAUGGAAAAGCAAUCUAGGUAAGAUUAGAAGUGAGCAAAGAUUUCCCCUGCCUGGAGAACCGGUUUGCCUGGUGUGUGGCAAAUAUGGAGAAUAUAUUUGCGAUGAGCUUCAGCUGAGUUUGUUUCUGGAUCAUCUGUGCCUGAAGAAGAAAAUUAUGCUUGGGAUUAUGUUCAGCACCGGUGGUCCAAUAGGAAAUCCAGUCUCUCCACUUAUCUAGGGUAAGGUUUGCUAGACCUACUUGUCAUUGUUCUUCUCAGUCUGUUUAAAUGGGUUAAUCCUGGAUAAAGAAGAAAUAAUUUUAAAUUUUCCAUGCUAUGAGAAUGGAUGAAUCUUGUUAUUUUUUCUAGUACUUAUUUUCUUUUUGGACCUGCGUACUCCCUCUGGUUUUCAAUAUGCAGAAAGGGAAAAGGUUUUGUGGAUCUUUUUCAUCACAUGGCCACAUUAUAUUCCUAUUUGUGCUAUGUUGCAUACAAAAUCUUUGUUAAU